AUGGACUUCGUCUUCGGGUUCCCCAAAGACGUUCACAAGAAUACUGGUAUUCUUGUGUUUGUUGAUCGGUUCAGCAAGAUGGAACAUCUUGUUGCUGUACCGGAGUCGAUCACAGCCCAGGGCUGUGCUCGUGUCUUUAUCGAUACUAUCUUCCCACUUCACGGGUUACCCUGUGAACUCGUGUUCGAUAGGGACCCCCGCUUCACAGCGGAGAUCUGGCAAUGCGUGUUCCGUUCACUUGGAACACGUUUGACGAUGUCAAGUUCUGACCAUCCCGAAACAGAUGGUCAAACGGAACGCGUCAACAGCGUCCUCGAAGACAUAAUUCGAGGGUACGUCCACUCGUUUACGAGUUGGAGUGAGUUCUUGCCGAUGGCGGAGCUCGGCAUCAACAACUCGGUGCAUGCGUAG